AUGAACAUCAACCAAGAGAUCUCUUUGGAACAACACAUGGAGAGUGUAGUGGUCUACCAUGCUGUCAAUAUAGUGGAAGAAAAGCUCAGAACCAUCAAGCGUGGUACCCAAGGUUACGACUGGUCGUGUACAGAUGAAUGUUGCAAUGGACUUGUGCUGGACUCGAACGUCUGGCGUGGUGUUGAGAAUAUUUAUCCCGGACAGACAAACGGUACUUUUGGUGUUCGUGUCACGCCCACGGACUUUGUAGAUGUAUUUUACCCUAAAGGUAUGGCCGGAAAGAUUUAUACUGUACAUCAGAUUAUGCUCGCUAGUCCUCCAGGCUACAAUUUUACAAAAGGCUGCUCGUGUUAUUUGGAACGACUGCCGAACGUGUCGGCUCUUGUACAGCGUCAGAGCACAAACUGUGAGGUGUCAACUUUUUUUGGUGAGAACAAAACGUACUUGACGGUGGAUAUUACUGAAGAAUACCGGACGGACGAUACAUUUGUGUUUCUUUUUGAUGGGGUGGUGACGCCAACUGGAAUAAAUGACAGCGCUAGUUUUACGACUAACGUGACGUACACGACGGAUACGAAUCUCACGCCCGUGUACUUUAUUUACAACGACUCAGAAAAUACUGCCUUUGGCACAUAUGUGCGCGUCACGGAUUUGACGAGCGCAACUCUUUCGAGUGGUAUAUUUCUCCCGGAAAAUGUUUACCCAGGCAACUCUGGCAACGCUAGUCUCGCUUUCUACACGGAUGCCAACAUACCGGAGAAUAGUUCGAUCACGGUGACAUUCAGCUCCAUGUGGGGAUUUGUUAGUGACGCUGUGUGGUCUUGGGAGGUUCGCCCGCUUGUACCUUUGAUCUCAAAAGACUCUUUAGCAUUGACGACAGCUGCUACAACCGAGCAUGUAGACGAAAAAACGAACAGGUUCUCGUCAGUGUCAUACUCGUCUUUGAAUAACUCGUGGACACUUGUCGUCGAAGAACCAAUCUAUAUUGGCUGGGUUAGUCUCAGUGUGGACAGAGUAAAGAACCCAUCGGUCGUGUUUUCAGGAUUGAACGCGAUUUCCAUAAAGAUUCACAACGCCCAAGGUUUAUUUAUUAUUGGUGGAACAUUCUCGGCCGUGUUGGUGAAUCUGACAUCGGGCGCUACUGCGAGUCCGUACAACUACGUCACUAUGGUCGUACUCGUAGGGUCUCUAGUAUUCUGCUGUGUGGCCAUUCGGAAAAACGGACUGUCCUUCUCACUGGGCUCCAUUUGGACCGAUAUUACAGCUAUCUGUACUGUGCUGGCGUUGGCUACAGCCAUUGUGAACAACUUUAUCUGGUUUUUCACUCGUGGCAGCACUUACUUCUACAUUAUGCACGUGUACCUGUGCUUCACGUUCACGAUGCUAACAGCGGUGUGCUUUCACUGGGGAACAGUGCUUAGCUUACGUCUACGAAAAUUGCCAAAGGUUACUGCAUCAAUAGCAUUCGUGGUGCUGAACGUUCUCUUUUACGCGUUCCAGAUUGGCUACCUACUCAAUUACCAGGCAUUGAUCUCGCGCGUGUAUGAGUCCGAGAACGAUGUCACUACACUUGCGUAUCAGCAGUGCCAUGAAAACACGGACAUGUCCUCCAUUGUAUUUUCCGAGAUCCAGGGCUAUCUGUGGGCGUGCUACGCCGAAAACGACGAUGACUUUUUUCUGGUUUCGACGUCAGUCACGUACGGAAUUUUCCUCGUCCUAACAUUUGUCGUUAUGGCAUUGGGCGUAAUGGUAAUGCGUCGUGGUAAGUUGUUGCUUGGCAAUGCGUCAGGUCCCCACCAAAUUGUCUUGAUAAAGGCUUUGCGUCUAUACUAUGCGCUUAUUGGUAUCGUCACGCUGGUGUAUCUCCUCUCAUGGAUUUUCCAGCUUAUUUCGCGAACCACACGCGGAAUCGCGUAUCCGUGGUUUUAUAUUUUUACGGUGUGGUUACCAUGCUCCAUUCCUCCGUGCUGUAUAAUCUCGUUGCAGUGGAACGCUACAGCGCAGUCCUUGCGGGAAGCCAAUCGAGAGGCUUCCGGCGACUGCAGUCCUUUAUCGGAGUCGGACUAUGGAGAGAUCCGUACUCCAAACCUUACUUUUAGUACAACGGACCGAUGGACGGAAGGUUCACGAGAGAAGAUUGAGGAGUUCAUGGCAGAAGAAGCUACAGUCGAUGCAGGACCGAGCAGGCGUUUUCAGACGAACUCGACGAUCUCGCCUACUGAUGAUUAUGUCGGCCUCUCUAUGGCCCUGGAGAUGAAUGAAGACUUCACCCAUGGCUGCUUUAUUGCCAUUCAGCGAUUAGAAGUAGAGGAUGGAAGAGACAGCGGGUCCUCCACAUGGCGACAAAUCAGCAACACCGAUACGGUGAUGGCUAGCGUGAAGGAUUUAGCACCGAUCGUGCUGCCCCACCAGCAACGAUACUUGUACACGUUCUUGUCAGUGCCACGUAUUCCAGUUAGUGCCGCCGCAGAGAAGAUUCGUAUGGUGGUGUAUGCGCUUACCUCAGGUCUUGCAUCAUCAUUGAACCACGCAGAUCAUUCAGAGAUAACUGCCGCCGAAGUUUUGGCUGCUUUGGAGCGAACGCAAAGUAGCCGCGACUUGGGCGACGACGGUGACAGCCAACACGCACUGGACUCAUCACUGGUAGAGAUGGAGGCAUUGAGCGGCUUCCAAAGCUCACAGGUUAUUGACGAACUCUUUGAGAUGGAGUCCCCAGGAUCUGUUGAUGAUGUCGACUCACGAGAGAGCAGAUCCGAUUUGAACUCGGGCAUUUCGAUGGUACCGCACACUUUUAGAGUAGUCGCAGAGUUCACGGUGUCUACAGGUGCUCUAGCGACGGCAGGCGCGCGCACGGAGCAAACAAUUCUGACAGCCACUGAAGACUCGUACAAACACUUUGGUCCUAGCGCGGCGCCGCCGAAGCUGCUUGUAAAUACAGUGAUUCCCAAGACGGCGGGGGCAAAAUAUGGCUUCAAUGGUGUCGAGGGUGGUCUCCGUCCAGCGGUGUCGGCGAUCAGCAAGCAGUACCACAUUCGUGAACAAGGUCUAUUGGUUGUAGAAGACCUCACUGAAAGCCGUUUUAGCAACUGGAUUCCACGACAGAUUCUGGAGAUCCUGAUUCGGUAUCGCACUAAGGAGCUUCUGAUUGCCGAAAACGAUCUCGCUCGUCUAGAAGCGUAUGACCGUCAACGACAAAAAGGGUCGGAACGUGGCAUCUACGAGAAUUUGAUAAAGCAAAUCCAAGAUGACGGCGACCUUAACCAUUGUCGGGAGUGGAUGCUUCAUCGGUGUCACGAGCACAAGGAGUAUGUAGAGCUUCUUCGUCAGUUGCGACGCGUGUAUGUACUCCGCGAUCAACGAAAACUGUACUUCAAGGCUAGCACGGAGAAAAAGAACGCACAACUGCGAUUCCUACCGAUCAACUUGCACUUGCAAGAGAUGUGGGUUGGUAAUGCUGAUACUGUGGCACAAAACAGUUUGGGUAGCAGCGGUACCUCCGAUAUCAACACUAGUGCAGCUGUAUACGAUAUCGUGACUGUGGGUGCCAUGGCAGCGCACGUGUACAAGUUCAAGAAUGGUGGCAUUUUUGGUAUGGAGGAGCAGCAUGCAAAGCUUAGGCCUCGAGUGCGAGAACCACAGGGGCCGACUGGUACACACCAUCAAACGCCGCUUUGGACAGAGCCCGAGCAGAAGGCGGAUGAAAUGGAGUGGGUACUUGGCAAGCGAAUGGACGUGUGUUUCCCGCAAGCAGUGGCAGCGCUGGUCACUGCGUUCACACGCAAGAUCGAUUUGGCGUUGCAGCAUGCCCGACCAGAACAGGGUCAGGCUAUGCUGGAACAGCUUAGUCAACUGGGUUUCUUGUUUAACGUCGAAAGUUUGGUAUCGACGCACGGCAACGAGGCGGGUAUGUUGGAGGAUAUGGCUGGUGCUGUCAAUGAGCUGCGCCAUGUUCGUUUUGUUUUGGUGAAUGAACAAGACGAAGUUAGCGAGACGGAUGCGGAGGUCAGCGGUAACAAGUCGCCGCGACCAGUAUCGUACCAUCUUGAGGAGGAAUCCAAGCGCAAUCCGUCGUCAUCUUUUCUCUCAAAAUUAAGUACCAGCUCCCAUGAAGCCGCAGGCAGCGAUAGUGACGAGAAACGUUUACUAGACCCGCAGGCGACGCAGCGUCAAUCCAUGCACCUGGAGUCUGCAGUCUCAUCCAGCUCGACAAAUUCCACUAACUCGACAGGUAUUGGCGGUGUGGUCGACGUGGAUGUUUUCACAAGCAUCAACGAUGCACUCUCAGAGACAAGCUCGGGGAACGCAAGAGAUUCCGAGAGUUCUAGUGGAAGGUCGUCAUCAAGAGAGGAGCACCCAAUGUCGUCCCAGCCAUCGUCAUUUAGCGGUGUUGGUCAGCGGUUGCUGAGUAAGUUCAUCAAGGCCCGCAACCAUCGACUACUGGGUGGACCUGGUGGUAACUGGGACAACGUGCAGUCACUGGCUCCAGCAUCUGUGGACAAGUUGUUCCCAUUCACCCACCUGGUCAUUCGCGUCAAAUUGCGGUCUGGAAAAGUCAAGCUGACCAAAGCGCUUCGACACGGUGGGUUUAUCAAGGUAUGCCCCGUGUUGUUUACACAGGGCAUCAACGAAAAGCAAACGUUAGCGAACAACACGGGCUCUUCAGUGACAAGACUGCAGGACAUCAUCAACGCCACUAGCCUCAGGACGCUACGUAACUACUGCGAUCGCUACUGCAAUUACACAUCGAUGCGUCAGAUGCAAGCAGCCCAGCAACAGGAGCGACAACGAGAUCAUUCGACUGGUUCUACACGUCCACGACCACCAUCGUCGCCGAAUACAGUUGUUACUCCGUCCGGUCCAUCCCGUGAAAAAGUGUAUCGUAUCCUCGGCGAGCUGGAUAAGCUGAUCGGUGCGGCCGGAAGACAGGCACGAAAAAAGCGCCCGGAAAUUCUGCAGCUGAGCUCAGAUUUGUGUCGCUACAUAUCUGGUGGUCGCGUGACAGUGUGUAAAUCUGCGAAGGAUCGAACAGGAAUGUCCGUCACGCUGGAGCAGGGUCGUAUUCUUGUACAACACCACGGGCUUCGCGAGCACAAGAAAGCAGAUAUUGUGUCAGUCAUGCGGUCUGAAGGUGUGCGUAUUGAGAACGCCUUGAAAAACACGGGUCGACGUGUUUUCGCUUUCAACGCGUUGCAGCGGUCGCUGCUUCCCGAGGAGUACCGCUGUCCACCGCGAACGAGCGGCCGCAAUGUGUCGUAA